CUGUGCGUGAGUGGGGGGGAGGAAAAGCAGAGCCUUUAAAAAGGGCAAUCACAACAACUUUUGCUGCCAGGAUGCCCUUGCUUUGGCUGCGAGGAUUUUUGUUGGCGAGUUGCUGGAUUAUAGUGAGGAGUUCCCCCACCCCGGGAUCCGAGGGGCACAGUGCAACCCCCGACUGCCCGUCCUGUGCGCUGGCCACCCUCCCAAAGGACGUACCCAACUCUCAGCCGGAGAUGGUGGAGGCCGUCAAGAAGCACAUUUUAAACAUGCUGCACUUGAAGAAGAGACCCGAUGUCACCCAGCCGGUACCCAAGGCGGCGCUUCUGAACGCGAUCAGAAAGCUUCAUGUGGGCAAAGUCGGGGAGAACGGCUACGGGGAGAUAGAGGAUGACAUCGGCAGAAGGGCAGAAAUGAAUGAACUUAUGGAGCAGACCUCGGAGAUCAUCACGUUCGCGGAGUCAGGCACAGCCAGGAAGACGCUGCACUUUGAGAUUUCCAAAGAAGGCAGUGACCUGUCCGUGGUGGAGCGUGCAGAAAUCUGGCUCUUCCUGAAAGUCCCCAAGGCCAACAGGACCCGGACCAAAGUCACCAUCCAUCUUUUUCAGCAGCAGAAGCACCCGCAGGGCGGCUGGGACACAGGGGAGGAGGCCGAGGAAGUGGGCUUAAUGGGGGAGAGGAAUGAAGUGUUGAUAUCAGAGAAGGUGGUGGAUGCUCGGAAGAGGACCUGGGACAUCUUCCCCGUCUCAAGUGUCCCCGUCUCCAGCUGCAUCCGCAUCCAGCGGGACCAGGACAAGAGCUCCCUGGACAUUCGGAUUGCCUGUGAUCAGUGCCACGAGACCGGCGCCAGCCUGGUGCUGCUGGGCAAGAAAAAGAAGAGAGAAGAGGAGGGGGAAGGGAAGAAAAGGGACGGAGAAGGAGGGGCGGGAGGGGACGAGGAGAAGGAACAGUCGCACAGACCUUUCCUCAUGCUGCAGGCCCGCCAGUCUGAAGACCACCCUCACCGGCGCCGGCGGCGGGGCUUGGAGUGUGACGGCAAGGUCAACAUCUGCUGUAAGAAACAGUUCUUUGUUAGUUUCAAGGACAUUGGCUGGAAUGACUGGAUCAUCGCUCCCUCUGGCUAUCACGCCAACUACUGCGAGGGUGAGUGCCCCAGCCACAUAGCAGGAACGUCGGGCUCAUCCCUGUCCUUUCACUCGACGGUCAUCAACCACUACCGCAUGCGGGGUCACAGCCCCUUUGCCAACCUCAAGUCGUGCUGUGUGCCCACCAAGCUGAGACCCAUGUCCAUGUUGUACUAUGAUGACGGGCAGAACAUCAUCAAGAAGGACAUCCAGAACAUGAUUGUGGAGGAGUGUGGGUGCUCAUAGAGCAGCCAGCCCAGGGGGUAUGGGAGCAAGACGGUCCAGAGAAGACAGUGGUGACAUGAAGACAUGUUUAAGGUUUCCGACUGAA